UGCUUCCUCCUCCCACCCAAGUCCUUCAUAAACAAACCCGAAAAGAUCUGCUCUCUCAUUAUUUUUUCUUUCUUUCUCACAGUGAACCUCGGGAGAAAAAAAAAAACCAUAAAGCCUGGUGUUCAGGUCGGGGGGUGUUUAUUCUGGAGCCAGAUGUUGUAGCAGAAAUGGCUCAGGCAACCGAGAGGAGAUUGGAGACCACCGCGUCGGCGUCUUUCCCCGAAGUAAUCGAGCUGAAUGUCGGCGGGCAGAUUUACGUGACGCGCCACGCAACUUUGCUCUCCGUGCCGAACUCUUUAUUCUGGAGCAUGUUUCAAGAGCACAGCCCGUCCCAGCUGACCCGGGACAGCAAAGGGCGCUACUUUAUAGACCGGGACGGAUUUCUGUUCCGCUACAUCCUGGAUUACCUGCGCGACAAGAACCUGGCGCUGCCCGACUACUUCAAGGAGCGAGCGAGCUUGCAGAAGGAGGCAGAGUUUUUCCAGCUGCCCGACUUGGCACGCCGGCUCCGACCUCCCCAGGUCAGCAAGGAGAACUCGAUCGGGGACGAGGCGUUCCACAGCGACCCGGAGGAAGCAGCGGGGUCGUGCGCUCUCGCUGGUGCCAGUGCCGGCGGCGCCACCGGGCCGCGUUCGCCCUCCCUGGAGGUGGCGCGCAAGGCCGGGUACAUCACCAUCGGCUACCGCGGUUCGUACACCAUCGGACGCGACAUCCAGAAUGACGCCAAGUUCCGCCGCGUCGCCCGGAUUACCGUGUGCGGCAAAACCUCCCUGGCUAAAGAGGUGUUCGGUGACACGCUGAACGAGAGCAGAGACCCGGACAGACCUCCGGAGAGGUACACGUCCCGCUACUACCUCAAGUACAACUUCCUGGAGCAGGCGUUCGACCGGCUGGCCGAGUUGGGCUUCCACAUGGUGGCGUGUAGCUCCACUGGCACGUGUGCGUACGCCAGCAACGACCCCAGUGAGGACAAAAUCUGGACCAGUUACACCGAGUAUGUUUUUUGCAGAGAGUGAGAAAAGUUGUGGUCCUGCUUCUUCCUGUUUUUUUUUUUUAUUUGUUUGUGCCACGGUGGAAACGUUUCUAGCACAGAGAUAUGUGGGUACUCUCUGAAAAAGGGGGACCAAACUGUAUUAUUUUCUAUGGCACUGGAGUGGCUCCAUUAGUGGACCAUUACAUGUGUACCUUUUACCUGAAGAAGUGGUUGUGAGCAUUGAGAGUAAAUCUUUUUUAAAGCAUUAUCAUACAUCACAAGGUACAUUAAAAGUAGCCUUGAUUCACACCAGUGUCAGACAUCUGUACAGUUUGGUGUCUUCAUUUCAGAGAGUGCCUUCACAAAAACGAGGGUUAUAUUGCUUGUCAUUGGGGUUGUAUAACCACAAAUGUGUAUGACUUGUACUUGUAGCAUGUUUCACCCACCUAAGGAAUUUGAGUACGCCAUAAAUUAUUGUCAUAAAUUCAAUCACAGCUUCAGUUCGGAGCCAAUUAAGACACACCUGAUGUAACAUACUGACUUCCUUCCUGGGUCAGUAGUGUGUCAGAAGUAGGGCAAAUGAGGUCCAUUGAGAUAUGAUACCCUGAAAAAAAAAACAGGCCCUAAAAAAUUAUUUAGUGUGUUAAAUUGGCAAAUAUUUGUCUCCAUUUUAUUGUAUGAAUGAUGCAUACUACUGGUACUAGUGAUGUACUGAUGAUGAUACUACACAAUUAUGAAGCAUCAAUACAGUUUAGUACCUUCGAUUUUCUUUUUCUUUUUUUUUGUAUGGUCCAGAACCUGUUUUUUCCCCAGAGUGGGCCUAGACGUUAUAAUAUCAGUGCGCACAGAUUAGCAUAAAUACAUAGCGUGUUUGUGAGAAGUUUAAUGAUUAGCAAGAUUUGUUCUUGUUUAUUAAGGUUAAACACUUAACGUUUGUUAAGAACAGCUUAGCAGUUAAGCACAGUCAAACUUACCCGUGUACUCAUAGCACACGCACACAGGCGUGUCAAGGCAUGUGCAAGGGAGGUAAUGUUACCUGUUUGAGGAAAAAAAAAAGUCAGUGAAACAUAGAAAUCUGAUAUGGAGGACAUGGAGAACAGUGCUCCUCUUUAAACCCACUGCCAUUUCAUCUAAACAUCCCACUGACUGCGUUCCCGGUCGUUGUCCUUUUCUAAUCUCUCCCACUGGAUAUAUAGUUUUUUCCAAGUGCCGGUUGUUACUGUCUCAUGGUGUUUUUUCAAUAACCAGAGCUUCAGUUUCCUGUGUGAUGUAACCAGUUUUUUAGCUCACAUGUAAUCAGAUGUUUCCAGUUUGCGCUAUCAGAUAGCAAAAGGACCCUAUGGCUAUUUGUGUACUAAAAAAAAUCUUACACUCCGGAUUUACAACCGAACCUUUCCCCUCUGAAAUAACCGAUGUGAUUUGUUUCCUUCGCAAUUGUAUAUUUUGAAAUUCCUCACGGUUUUCAUGUAUGAGUGAAACAAUAAACAGAAUCUAAAAAGA